CUUGGCAUACAUAAAUCAUCAUCGUCAGGCCUCGUAUGUUUCCUGAACGUAUCUUGUCAGGCAACCUACCUCGAGCCAACAUCGUGCUGUGCACAUCCUCUCUCUUUCCUAGAGCAGUGAUUCGUUCUUCAAUCGUUUCCUUCGCUUCUAGCACGAACACAACAUUCAAACAUACGCUCCUUAGAUCACCAUCACUCUAAAGAUACAACGAUGAAGACAUACCUUGCUAUUGCUGCCCUCGCGCUGGGGGUUAGCGCCCUGCCAAUAGAGCCAUCCAGCACUUUUCUACAGGGCGGACGCAUUCUGCCGACGGGUUCCCUCUGUCGACCGUCCUCCGUGCAUUCCAGCAGAUUUCCGACUGACGUUCCUGCCUCCGCAUCGAACCUCCACCACCACCCAACGGCAUCCUUCUCCCACAGCGACCGACCGACCUUUACACGACCCACAAGUCUUUCAACAAGCACGUACAGCUUGGCCUUAGACCGCGACCAUUACCGCUCGCACGGAACGGGCUCCCACAUCCGCAGUGCUUUCGUGUCACAGACGCUGUUGGUCAGGCAAGCCGAGGUCUCUGAUUAUGUGGCUACACCAUCGGAUCCCAUUGAGACGGGUCCAACCUUCAGCCUUCCGACAAUCACACCCUUCGCUUCCUUCUCCGGCUCUGAUGUUAGGCCCAGCGGCAGAACUCGCAGUGCUGCACCAACCUUCCCUGCUCACGAUGGCAGAUCUGGCUCCGCUAGGCCUGGUGGUUUCGGCAGUGCUGCACAUACAUUUUCCUUCCACGCACCGCUCGCCAGCGAUCAUCGUAGCGACCUUGCCGCGCCUACUGGUUCAUCUGACGGGUUUCACCCGACAUUCACCGGUGCCGCAGCGUCAGACCAGUCUAAUCAACACGGCUCCAGCGGCCAGUCGGCGAGCUUCACAGGCUUUCCAAUUAGCUCGGAUCAUCCAGAGGCUACAGCAACCGGCAUCCGGAGCUUUAGUGCGUUUGUAAGCCGCACCUUUAGCGACGCUGGGCCAACCUCAACAAGUGCUUAACUCGCAAAAUAUGACUUGCAUGGGACGUUGUGAUAUCGAGAGACGCAGGGCUUCUAGACGAGUUCGCAAUGGGCUA